CAGUGUUGUACAAGAAUGGUUUUGCCUGUGUUGUUCAGUUGUUUCUUGGGUUUUUGUUGGCAACAGGAGGAAAGGUCCAAGGUGGAUGAUCUGAGGGGAACACCGAUGUCUGUGGGUACCUUGGAGGAGAUCAUUGAUGACAACCACGCCAUUGUGUCCACAUCCGUGGGGUCUGAGCACUACGUCAGUAUUCUGUCCUUUGUGGACAAGGACCUGCUGGAGCCAGGCUGCUCUGUUUUGCUAAAUCAUAAGGUUCAUGCUGUGAUAGGAGUCCUGAUGGAUGACACAGACCCUUUAGUGACUGUGAUGAAAGUAGAGAAAGCUCCUCAAGAAACCUACGCUGACAUUGGUGGCCUUGACAACCAAAUUCAAGAAAUCAAGGUAUUCCCUUGUACUCUUUGACAGUUAAGCCAGCAG